AUGCAUUGUUGCCUUGUUGGUAUUGCUGCUUGCUGGUUAAUUGGUUAUUGUUCAGUUUAUUCAGAUUAUGAAGUUUUGUUCUGUUUGGUUUAUUGCUGGUUCAUUGCUUAUUUAUUGCUGAUUAUCAAGUUUUAUUCUGUUUUGUUUAUUGCUGGUUAUUGCUUGUUUAUUUCUGGUUAUUGCUUGUUUAUUGCUGAUUAUCAAGUUUUGUUCUAUUUUGUUUAUUACUGUUUAUUGGUGGUUAUUGCUUGUUUAUUGGUGGUUAUUGCUUGUUUAUUGCUUGUUCAGAUUAUCAAUUUGAAGUCUGUUUUCUCUCAACCAAAUCAAAAUGUUUGUUUGACAAUUGAUUGUUGGUCAUCUGUGCAAAACUUAAACUAUCUUUGCCUUAUUGCUCAUUACAUUGAUGCUAAUUGGAAGUUGCAAAAAAGAAUAUUGAAUUUUUGUGCUAUCAAGGAUCACAAGGGAGAAACAAUUGGUAGGAAGAUUGAGAGAUGUUUGUUGAGCUGGGGGAUAUCCCGGGUUUUUUCUAUCACUGUUGAUAAUGCUAGUUCAAAUGAUGUUGCACUUUCUUACUUGAAAAAUAGAAUGGAGGAUUGGAACUCACAUCCAUUAAGGGGAGAGUUUUUACAUGAAGCUAGAAUUCUAGAAAAAGGCACUGUCCAUUUAGAUGUUCCUAUCAGGUGGAACUCUACCUUUUUAAUGCUUGAAAGUGCUUUGAAGUUUCAAAAGACAUUUAAACGUUUGGGGGAGAGAGAUUCUGAGUUUGCUAUGAUGGCUGGUGGGAUUCCUAGGUCUGAGGAUUGGGAGAAUGCAAGGCAUUUUGUCAAGUUUUUAAAAAUAUUUUAUGAGGUUACUAACAAAGUUUCUGGUUCAACGUUUGUGACAUCUUCUCAACACUUUAAUGACUUUUGUAAAAUAUUGUCUACACUUAAGCAUUGGAUGGGAAGCUUAGAUACGGUACUUUCAAGCAUGGCUGAGAAAAUGAAGUCCAAGUAUGAUAAGUAUUGGGGAAAUAUAAAGAACACAAACAUGAUGAUUUUCAUUGCAGUUGUUCUUGAUCCUAGGUCUACUCGGCAAGAUCCUCCUGAAAUUAGCACACAAGAGCUUGAGGCACAUGAAACUUCUUUUGCUAUGGAAUUUGAGAAGAAAAUGCAAUUCAAUGAGAGUGUUAACAAGAAUGAGGUGGAGUUAUAUCUUAUGGAGGCAUUAAAGAAGAGUGGCGUGCAAUUUGACAUUCUAAAUUGGUGGAAAGUGAAUUCCACUAAAUUUCCAAUUCUUGGGGGGAUUGCAAGAGACGUCUUAGCCAUGCUAGUUUUCACAGUUGCUUCAAAAUCGACAUUUAGUACUGGAGGAAGGGUGUUGAAUAAUUAUAGGAGUUCUCUAACUCCGAUGAUAGCUGAAGCGUUAAUUUGUACCCAAAAUUGGCUCCGAAACUCUCCAAAACUUGUCCUUGAGGAACUCAUCGAGGAAUUGGAGAAUUUAGAAUUAGAAGUUGCACCCACUCGUGAUCUUAAUGAAGAAGAUUCUGGUGUUGAGUCUCAUUAA